AUCCUCAGUACUCUCAGCUCUCUUCAUCCUACAACAUUUAGUAGUGUGCAGUACAGUACAAUUAUAUCUGCAGUACAGUUUAGUUUCCUUGUAGCAAUGAAGUUUCUUCCAACUAUUAUCUGCCUUGCAGCCUCUGCUCUAGCUGAUCAUGGAGGUUUCGGAGGACAUUCUGGAGGCAGUAUUGGAGUAGGUGGAGGUGGUAUUGGAGGUGGUCAUGGAGGUGGUCAUGGGGGACAUGGAGGAGGGUAUGGACACCAACAGUAUGAGAAUACAGUUCCUCAUUAUGCUUACAAGUAUGGCGUGAACGCACCUGGUGGUGAACAUGGUUAUGGUGGUUACUCAGGACCAGUCAACUUUGGACAUGAAGAGGAUAGGGAUGGAUAAUCUACUAAGGGUUCCUACUAUGUGGAUCUUCCUGAUGGUCGAAGACAGAUUGUAACCUACCAUGUUGCUGAUGAUUACAGUGGAUAUGUAGCUGAUGUCAAGUAUGAUCAAGGGAAAAGUUAUGGUGGCCUGGGACAUUAAC